CGUGCACACAUCCCUGAGCCACCCGCGCACCCAUGGAACUCUUCGAGACCAACCCUUAUUUUUUCCCGGACCAGAGGUUUUACGAUGGGGAAAAUUUCCUGGGCUCCCGCUUGCAGGGCUAUGAGCCGGCGGCGUUCCCGGAGCGGCCCGAGGUGGCCCUGUGUCCCGAGGGCAGGGUGGCUUUGGAGGAGAAGGACUCAGCCCUGCCUGAGCAUUGUCCCGGGCAAUGCCUGCCCUGGGCCUGCAAGGUUUGCAAGCGGAAGACGGUCUCCAUUGACCGGCGGCGGGCAGCCACCCUGCGGGAGAAACGCAGGUUGAAGAAGGUGAACGAAGCCUUCGAGGCGUUGAAACGCAGCACCCUGCUCAACCCCAACCAGCGGCUGCCCAAGGUGGAAAUCCUGCGCAGCGCCAUCCAGUACAUCGAGCGCCUGCAGAGCUUGCUCAGCACCCUCAACCAGCAGGAGCGGGAGCAGAGGGACCUGCGCUUCUGCCCCGCCGCUCCCCAGCCUGGGGCAGCCAGCGAGUGCGGGUCCGGCAGCUCAUCCUGCAGCCCUGAGUGGAGCAGCCAGCUGGAGUUCGGCACCAACCCCGCGGAUCACCUCCUGGCUGACGACGCAACGGAGGACCGCAACCUCCACUCGCUCUCCUCCAUCGUGGAGAGCAUUGCUGUGGAGGACGUGGCCGUGACGUUCCAGGAGGAGCGGGUUCAAAACUGAGCCAGUGCAAACCCCCACGGCUCUUUGAGCUGGUAACAGGGUGGGAAUAAGAUGCCAGAAGGGUCCAGCCGCUGAAAAUCAUAUUUACCCCUCCGGCGUCGUGGACUGCACCGUUGGAAUCACUCGCCUCCUUUCCCACUCCUCACGAAAUGCUCCCGCUCGGCCAGCUGAAAAAAAAAAGGGGGGGAGAGGUGGGAUGUCGGCAGCACUGCGGCCCCAUGCUGGCGGCGGCCCUGGUUCCCACAAGGGCGGCUGCCCGGCGUCGGGCUCUGCUUCGCUCCCCAUCCAGGGGCGAUCGGUUUUUGGGGGCCAAUGUGUGUGCUGGGUUCGCUUGCUGAUUUCUUUCCAAGAUGCUCUUCGACCAAUGUCUCUCUCUGGCUGGUGUCCUGCGGGCGCUGAGCCCCGCAGAGGCUGCCCGUGCCGUCUUUUCUACUGAACGCUGUGUGGAGUUGCCAUUUGUGGUUUUUUUUUUAAUUAUUAUUUUUGCUAACUUAUUUGGAUUUUUUUUUUAAAUAAAGGCAUUCUUGUUUGAA